AUGAGACCUUGUAUAAAUCUUCUCCGUAGGUCAGCUUGGAAAGGUCCUCAUGUUGUACCAUUACCAAUAGCCCAUGCACAGAAAACUGGAACUCCAGUCAGAACUAAUGCUAGGGCUUGUACCAUUCUCCCUCAAUUUGUAGGACUUAAAUUUGAAAUUCAUAACGGAAAGGAAUACGUAGAGGUUGAAAUUACCGACGAAAUGGUAGGAUCAAAGUUAGGAGAGUUUGCAGCUACUAGAAAGAGAUUCAACUAUAAAUUCUCGAAGAAUUAA